AAACCAGUUUCGUUGGGCCUUGUUUAAAUUAAUUUAUUUAAUUUAAAUCGAUCUGAGGCAUCCUGGAAUGAGUAUUGAUCAUAAGUUUCAGGAAAAAAUGCUCUACUGCGGGUUUUCUGGCAUUCGUAAGAACUCUUUUAACCUGUUAGCAUAGUAUUCGAGCUAUGCGGAUUAAACUCUCCGUUUGAGUAAAUUUAAUUAAGUAGCUCGGUAGUGACGAUGAUGGAUUCACAUAAGAUUAAUUAUGACUAUUUAUCCAUCCUGAUAAGUGUCAAAUUUUGAUGCAGUUACAUUGAAUAAUUUGCAUUAUCAUCUACUAGAGUUUUGAUCAAAGACAUAUUUACUGGUGAAUAUUCAUUUUAAGACCUAAUAUAAUUCUGUAUACUGGUCUCAUAGAACAAACGUAGUAACCUGCGUUUUGUACUAUUAAAUAGGAGGAGUAAUUCAGUGAAAAGAAGAGGAUUUUUGUAUAUUUUCAUUCCUUGUUCCAGGCGUAAUUUUACAAUGAUCUACGCUACUAAAUAAGUGAAAUAAUAAUCGUACAUGGAGUAUUUAGUGAAUAAAUAAUUCUCACCAAAUAUACCUGUAAUACUGAUCUUAAGUGCUGUGUUUUUCGUGAUUUUGAUCGUGAACGAAAAGUAAUGAUCGGCAGAGGCGUGAACUGUUAUCCUGAGUCUAACAUUGACUUUCACGUUCUGAGGGGUGGCCGAUGAAGUGGAAGCGUGGCAGGGGGCGGUGAUGUCGACGCUGAGUCAGCGAUUGGCGGAGGACUCGCGGCUCCUCCAACUGGGCAAGUCCACGACGCCGCGGGACUCGAGGACGCGCCAAGGGAAUGGACUCGUCAAGCCGCCGCGGAAGAAGACGACCCCGAUGGGCACGGCGCCGCCGGGCGCGGGCAAGUCCACCCCGACGACCCCGGCCAAGUCGGCCAAGAGGGUCGUCUCCAUCGAGGAGCUCGUCCGCAACGACCCGAGCUACACCCCGCGCAUCGAGCACCUCGUCUUCGCCGCGUCUCCACCUGCACCCGCGUCCAGCGCCAACGCCAACGCCAAGAAGACCGAGAACAAGCGCCUCGCCGCCCCCCAGAAGAAGGAGCGGGUCUGGAGCUCCGUCGAGGAUACCCGGGCUCCGGAUCCGCCUUGCACCUGCGACCCCGCCAAAAUUCGUAGACGAGUCAAGGCGCAAGAGUCAGAAGGCAAAGCUUGCCCGGGAGUAAACGGACAUGGAGUGGUGGCGGCCAUGUCGGGAGCAAAUCCGCGAGGCAUCGACCGGGACCGGGGCACCGCCGCCACCGGCCUGGCUCCAGCCUCCCAAGAGAAGAACCACCGACCAGUCGCCUUCCAGCAGCCCAAAGACCUAGUCAUGUCGUCGGCUAGGGGGCCUAACGUGUCGGUGCUGCACCUGCGAAGCACCUCGGAGCCGUGGGAAUCCUGCUUCCCGCGCAACACAGCCCCGGCGCGCAACUCGCGGCUCUCGCAGAUGAACAGCGCGUGCACGGUCCCGUCGGCGACGCUGCUCAAGAACGCCAUGGCCACGAGCAACCUGGCGCGCCGCAAGUCGGCUGGCCUCUUCGCCUCGGGCGUCGCCGAGGCCAAAGAAAACGGCUGCUCCCGCGAGCUGUCCCCGGUCCGCUGGUGCGACCAGGAGGUCGACGGCGUCUUCCUCGGCCGCUCCGGCUGGGUCCAAGUCCAACACAAGUCCCUCGACAGGACCCCGCAGAAACCCCAGGAACCCCCCACGCCACCCUCCAGAAACCUCACCCACUCCCACUCCCUCCGCUACCCCCUGGACUCAACCCCCGACCCUCUGGAGAUCCUCAACAGGCCCGGCUACCAAUUCACCUCCAGCCAGAGGGUCAUGCAGGUGUCGCAGCUCAAGACCUCCAAGUCGGAAGACAGCAACGCCAUCAUCUCCCCGCCGCCGGCCUUCCAGGAUCAUAACCAGCGCUUCGACACCGUCAACCGCCCCAAGACGCUCGCCUCCCGCUCUUUCAACUUCACGAGAAGCGACGCCGUAGAAGGUAGCCCACCCGCUUCGCCCCCGUUCCACAGGAGCUGGAGCGCCUCGCCGCACACCCCUCAAGGACCGCGCCGGAAGUUGACGCCCUCUCCAGGAGCCAAAAUCCCGCACACUAGGUCUUUCGACGACGCCACCAAGACCUCCAGCCGCCGCACCCAAUACCACAAGUACUCCUCGUCAUCCUCCUCGUCUUCGGCCGGGUUCAGGAGCUUCGACAGCACGCUCAAUCGCACCAUGCCGAAACUCUGCGAGACGGACUCGUCGGUCUACGAUGAUGGCGACGAAGACGACAACAAUAGUUCCUUGAACCUGAGUGCACACUCGACGAUGACGGUGAUCAACUCGUCGCCGGACUCGUGUGCCGAGACGAAGAAGCGAGAGAAGUACCGUCGGGCGAAGAAGGCCGAGAACUUCUGUACGUCGCCGUCGUCGUCCUCGUCGAGCGACUACUCGCCGGCCUCCUCGGCGCCGUUCCGCCGCUCGGUGAGCCACAACUCCCACUACCUCAACUCCUCCAAGGACUCUUUGGUCUCGCAUCAUUCCAGUGACUCCGUGUCGCGCAGCAACAAGGUGAAGCGCUCCCGGAGCCUCCAGCUCGCCGCCGACCGGGUCCCGCCCCCGGGGGUUCCGGGCCCGGCCCCCGCGGUCCCACCCCGCAACAGUGAAGACCCGCCCCGAGCCUGUCCCAGGCCGGCACCCAGAACCAUGGCUGACAACUAUAAGCAGAGGAUCUUGAAUGGAAGGUCGAGCAAGUCGGAGGAGCUGGAGGACGAAGUGCGGCGAGAGGCGGAAGAGGAGGCCCGGAUCAUCACGGAAUACCUCUACGGUUCCCGGAGCCAGGAGGCGGCGCGAGCCCUCCUCCUACACCGCUACUUCGACUCGCCGGCCGCCGACGCCGCCUCCAAGAAGCACAAAGCCAAGAUCCUCCACGACCAGGGGAUCGACAUCUACCUGGUGCCGAAGAACGGCGACCCGCAGAAACCCCGGCUCCUGGCCCGCGGCGCGGUGACCCCGCUCACGAAAACCCUCUCCCCGAGCGAGGCCUACCACACUACCUCCAACGCGAACCCGUGCAACCCCAACACCUGCGACUACUGGCCCCAGUGCGCCCACCCCUACCCCGACCCCAAACCCCGCCCCAAGGCCCGCAACCUCAAACCCUCCAACUCCUACUCCAACUCGGACACGGAGAAGCGUCGCGGCUACCCCGCGUCGGCCAUGUCGUCGCCGGCGUCCUUGGAGAGGGUCGACGAUGAUUCCGGGUACCCGGAGAAAGUGAAGCGUGUAGUGCGUGCCGUGCGACCGUGCUCCAACGAUUCCGAGAUGGGGUUGAACCUCAAGCGCGCCAGUUCGGAUGCGUAUCGGUAUCGGAUGAUGGGAGAGGGGAGGAGCCCCCCGAAGGCCCCCCAGAGGCGGGUAUCGUCGGUGGACCCCCCGGUGCCGCCCCCGCGGGCGGAGGUGUCGUCGCCGUUGUCGUCGUCGGGGAGCAGUAACGGGGUGGGCGCGGUUUCGGCGUCGCCCCUCGGUGAACGGAAGAGUGUCGGCUACGCCAUGGGGUCCCCGACGAUGCUCGCCGGUUCGCCGGUCAUUCCCAACGGCGGUCACCAGUGGAGGGAGGCCCAGCAGCGGUCGCUGUCCCUCCCCAAGUCCUUCCAGGCCGCCACCCAGACCACCCAACCUAAAAGUGGUUUGUUCAACUGGGGGAAGCGGAGCAAUGCGAAUUCAAGUUCCCAGCGGCAGAUCCCGAGUAAUCCCUCUCCGGAAGCCGCACGGACUGCCCCGCCCACGCCGGAAAGGGAGGAGUCGAUACGAAAUCAAGCCAGCCGUCUGGCCAAGACGACGCAAUAUUCAAGCACGCCAGCUCUUGACGAUCCUGUCAACAUUUCCGACUGGAACGUCGACAGAUGGGUGGAGAGUCAAGACGAGCCGGAUAAACAAAAUUUGGACGACCCAACCAGGCGGAAUAUUCAAGGCAACAAUGUAACGGAGAGUGUUCUAAACAAGUUCAGGAAAAGUUUCUCGCUGCGCUUUGCAGGCAACAAAAAGGCUGGAAGCAAAGAUGGAGACGAAGAUGUAGAAAUAGAAACUAUCCAAAGGCCUGAUUCUCCAAAGGAUGAAGGCGAUCCAAAGUUUAGGUUUGGACCGUUAGUUUGGAGGACGAGCAAAGAACGGAAAAAAGCCAGGAAAGCUAGAAGUGCCAAAUGCAAUAGUGGUGAUAGUGGAAUUCAUAUUGAAAUGGGUGGAAGAAUUGAAGAUAGUUCGGAAUCUCAUGAUACAGAUAUAUUAGGCGAUGAUGAUACUGAUAGUCCCUUGAUGACAAGAAAACGGACAACCCCAACUAGUUCCGAUGGCAAACCCUCUAGACCCUCUUCAGAUGUAAUUAACCAACUCCUACUAGAUAAAUUAAAGAUGGAUUCUAGGAAUAUAUUAGCACGAUCAAACGGACAGCCAGUUAGGCGAACGCAUUCAGAUUUAGGAGGUCAGCGUUUGUUAAAUUGGGACUAUCGCUUUUAUCGAAGAAGAAUGCUGAAUACUUCACCUUUAAAAUCCAGGCCACCUUUCAUGUCUUCCUCUUGUAGAGGCUCACGACCCAUAGGAAUGAGAUCAUACAAGUUACGCAGGUCAAUAAGUCAGCCUCUUGGGCUCAAUGAAUUGUCUCCUGUUAUGCGCAAAAAACCAAUCGUUGGGCGCUACAACGCGAGCGAAGACGAAAGAGGAGGCACAUCAGAUGACGAAAUGAUGUCUGACUCAGAAUCUUCAAUUGCAUCCUUGAAUGAGAGGAAGAAGUCUUUUGAGCAGGCGACGGAUGAGGAGGUCGUUGUUUUAGCAGAGGCUGUAUGGGAUCAUGUUGCAAUGGAGCCGGAGGAACUGAUGUUCCGUGCUGGUGAUGUCGUUGAAGUCAAGGACACGAGAGAUCGUGAUUGGUGGUGGGGCUCAGCUGGAGGUCGCUCAGGCUGGUUCCCUGCAGCAUUUGUUCGGUUGCGGGUUAGUCAAGGAGACACUGUUGAAGACUGUUUAGCAGCUCUAGCUACUGGAGCAGGCAAGUCAAUUCAGCGGCGAGCCUCAAUUUCUAGGUUGUCCAAUGAUGAAGUACGUGCCAAAGUUGUACGAGAACUAGUCCAUACGGAACGCGACUUUGUGAAGUUGCUCACGGAUGUUGCUGAGGGUUACUUAGCAGAAUGCCGUCGAAGAACAGAUAUGUUCACCGAAGAUCAAAUCAACACUAUUUUCAGUAAUCUACCAAAUAUCCUUCGACUACAAUCUUCGUUUUUAGAGGACCUAGAAUCUAAGAUAGACUGGAGUGCCUCUCAUAAAAGUUGUGUUGGCGAAGUCUUCCUGAAACAUAAAUCAAGUUUUCGAAUGUACUCUGAAUAUUGCAACAGUCAUCCCCUAGCAUUAUCAACUCUUCAAGAUCUAUAUCAAUUAGAUAGUUACAGUAAAUUUUUUGAAGCAUGUCGUCUGAUGCGAGGCCUAAUAGAAAUCCCCCUUGAUGGUUACCUUUUGACGCCUAUCCAAAGAAUAUGCAAAUACCCUCUCCAAUUAGCUGAAUUACUUAAAUAUACCAAACCUGAUCAUCCUGAUCACGAACAAGUUUCAGAGGCUCUCGAAGCUAUGAAGAAUGUGGCUGUGCUAAUCAAUGAAAGGAAACGUAGAAUGGAAAGUCUAGAAAAACUGGCUCUUUGGCAACAACGCGUCGAAGGCUGGGAUGGAGUUGAUCUAAUUGAACAGAGUUCCCAACUGAUUCAUCAAGGAGAAGCAGUAAGAAUGACAUCUAGUCGACGAACAGCAAACAUUAUAAUUUUCCUGUUCGAUCAUCAGUUGAUCUACUGUAAAAAGGAUAUCCUCAAAAGAAACACUCUUGUGUACAAAGGUAGAAUGCCAACAGACUAUUGUGAAAUUUACAGUCUCCCAGAUGGUAAAGAUGGCAGUUUGGGUGUGAACAUUCGCAAUGGAAUCAAAAUUUGUGCCAGCAUAAGUGAGAAAACUUUAGUCUUUUGUUGCCGAUCGGAGCAGGAAAAAGGAAAAUGGCUUGAAGCUUUCUCAGAAGAGCGGAAGUUGGUCGAGCAAGACAAGUUAGAUGGAUUGGAAUUCGCCCCUGCCGCAAGGCAACUAGCGCGAACAGCAGCUGCAAGAUGCCAUAGAAGACCGCCUUCCAAACCUAGAAACAAAUACAAAAGGGGCGCAAUCGAAGUAAAUACCUCAGAAGUACCUCACAUGAACGGGACGAGUCACUCUAGCAAUCGAAAGGCUGGAAGUUGGUGGUACCCCUUCGGAACAAGUAAGAGUAGCAGUAAGAAGAACCGCACCUUCAUCCGAGCGAACAACCUACAACCGAUCAUGCAUCCUGCUUGAGAUUGGUCCCACCAACUCUCGCACACAUUCACUUUUCAAGACAUCGAUCUUCUAUUUUUUUAACACACUGUCUCUCUUGUAUGUAUUAUUCAUGAGAAAUUACAAGGAAGACUGGCAAUUUUUUGUCUGUCUUUAGACAAUUUUGAAUCAGCAUUUUUAAUCUUUAGUUUCAUCAUGUACCUUGUUCAAUUUUUUUUCUUUUUCUCACUCAGUCAUUUGUAUCAUCGAUAACUUUCUUCUUGACUGGACGUAGAGACAUGAUUUUUUUGGCAUCCAUAUGAUUACAUAUAAUUUUUCCCAAACUCUUUGUCUUUUUUCAGGGUUAAAUUGAGUGGAUCAUGAUUUUUAUAUCCCUGGAAAACUAUAAUAUUUUGCAAUCAUAGGAAACGAAUUUUUGAGAACAUCAAUUUAUUUUUCCAGCCAUGAUGAAGUCAAAUAUUUUCAUAAAAAAUCAUAUCUAUUCUUUUUUUAUAUGCCUGUUCUAGUCUAUAAUGCAUAUUGUAUUUUUUAAUGUGCAUUUUCUCACUUUAAUUGAAAGAAAAGCACCAAGAUACUCCACUAACUUUAUGUAAUAGCAGUUGAGUUAUAGUAAGUACUCUUUAUAGUCAAACGCAAAUUUACCUUCUUGACUUUAAUCUCAAAAUGUAUGUAGUUUUUCUGUAAUUACAUAUUACCUUUUGGAAAGUUUCAACAUUCCUCUUUUCAUAUGAAUUUGCAAGAAUUGAUUUGCAGAAAUAGUGGUUCGUUGACAGUGGACUCAUUCACGGGAUAAAGUGUAUCUAUAUUUGACAUCUUUAGCAAAUCGACGGUGAAACUGCAAAAAUGCAUAUCUCAGUUGCGUUAUUUCAAAAUAUCCGCUCCUGCUCUAUUUUUUAAAAUAAAACAUUACCAGUUCCAUCAUAGCUUGAAAUUUUUAUGAAAUAUUCUUCAGACGCAGAAGAAGAAUGACAUAAGUUUUAAAGAAAUGACGUUCAGGAGUCUUUCACGUUGAACAUAAGUAUGACGGGAAGUCUGCAAUGCUGCAAACCAGAAUACGUAUUUCUGCAGUUUCAUCACCAUCAUGUUGGACUUUAUCUUGUCUUACUUCGUCUAAUAUUUUUCCAUCAAUUCAUUAUUCUUUCAUUUCGAAAA